AUGCGAGCUGAAUUGCGAUCCUGCUCUGAAGGAGGAGCGCCGGGAUCAUCGUCUACGGCCAUGGCGGCGACUCCCGACAAGAAGGAGGCGCAGCAGUUUCUCGAGUUCGUCAAGAAGCACCCACACGGGGCUUCUCAGGGCAUGCUGACGGCGGCAGGAUGGGAGGCGGAGAGAAUCGCCCAGAUAGCCAACUGGCUGUGUCUGCAGGGCCGUCUGCAGCUCAUGAUUGGGCCCGACAGCAAGCCAUCGUGGAAGUACCGCACCGCAGAGGAGGCCAGGAAGUUCGCCGACCUCGCUCCGGAAGACGUCCUCGUCUACCAGUCGAUAGAGAAGGCUGGUGAGAUAGAUGACAAUGGACGGACACAUAUGGGUGGGUGGACGGAUCAAUGGAUGCAUGGAUGGAUGGAUGGAUGGGUGGGUGGGUGUGUCAGGUCGUCGUGGCAUCUGGACACGUGACUUGAAGAAUCAGUGCAACUUGCAGCCGCACCAGAUCCAGAAGGCCCUCAAGGCGCUGGAGGGCCGGCGGCUCGUCAAGGCCGUCAAGAGCGUCCAGUUCAAAAACAGGAAGGUCUACAUGCUCUUCGAGCUCGAACCUGACAAAGAGGUAUGUACGCUGCUUGGGAGAUGAGGUAUACGAUUGUCGCCUGCCUUCUCCAGGUGUCUGGUGGCUCGUGGUAUCGUGAUGGCGAGUUUGACGAGAAGCUCAUCGAGGUCGGCAUACUGAACUGAAUGGACGGGACGGACUGAUGCGCAUGGCUCAUUGCUGUGACGAAUGAAUGGUAUGUUUAUGUGUGUGCGUGUCAGUCUCUUCGUCAGCACUGCGAGGACAUGAUAUCCAGCUGCGGCAAGGCCACCCUCUCAGAGAUCAGGCAACAUCUCAAGACAUCGGGAAUCAGCAAAGUCAGCCACACGGGCGGGCACAGGCGGUCCAAACACGGGUAUGCAAGGCGUGUGUUGGUUGGUCUGUGUAUGUGUGUCAGGAUGAUUUGCCCGAGGAGGACAUCAUCACUGUGCUGCGGACGCUCGAGUUGGAGCAGAAGAUCGUCUCAUUCGACGACGAGGGAGCCACCAUCGGCGACAAAAUCUACCAGGUAGGUACAUCGACGGGUGCAGGUACAUCGACGGGUGCACACACACACACCCAUCCCUUCACUUGUGUGAGUAUCUGUCUGUUGUAUCCGUGUGUGCGCAGACGACCAAGUGGGCUCAGCUGGAGAUCUACAAGGAGAUCCCAUGUGCGUCAUGCCCGGUGUUCCGGGACUGCACGCAGGGAGGGGGCAGCCGCAUUGGCCCGGAGAACUGCGAAUACUACACCAAGUGGCUCGGACUCGACAGAGACGUACGAGGGAGAGGCAGGCAGCUAGCUGGACACACAUGAGUUGGGAAUGCACGUCUGUGUUUCCUGUCUGUCUGUUGUGGAAUGCAUUGAUUGCAGGUUAGGCAAGACGACACAGCCAUGCAGUUCUGAGUGUUGACCUUUCUUUGUCCUGUAUAGCUACAAUGGUUGCAGCAAGGCAUGUACAGUGUGUUUCUCCGGAUGAACCUGCCUGCCUGCCUGCGUGGAUUGACACAGUGUGCAUUGAGGUUGUUUGUGUGUGCCGAAAUGACCAGCGGACCAGUUGAAUGCACAAAGCAUUCUACGAGGAGAGCUCGGGAGGGGCUAAGGUUUCAGGGUUUG